AGUACUUGCCAGUCGAGCGGAGUCCGCUCGUCUGCUAGCACUUAAACGUGACUUCUCUCAAUAACUUACUUUCAGUUUUCCGCGAGUACAUACUAAGUUGUCGUUUACUUAAUUAUUGUAAUCAAAGUAAAUGAUAGCCAGAUAGUUAACUCAGUGCAUAACAAAGUGAUUUAAGAUGAUUGGCGGUACGAAAGCGAGUAUAGCUCGCAUUUGCUUUUUGCUGACUUUUCUGGGAACUGCAUGUUCACAGUCUAUCUCCGACCCUACUUAUAAUCCAGAUGAAGUAUCAACGAAUUUGGGCGAAGUCGAGUCCAGAGAAAAUGGCCCAGAUCUGGAAUUCCGAUACCAUGACCAUGAUCAAAUGACCAGAUACUUGCGAUCCGUGUCUGCGAGAUACCCGGCCCUAACAGCGCUUUAUUCCAUUGGGAAAUCUGUACAAGGCCGAGAUCUAUGGGUGAUGGUGGUGUCAGCGUCUCCAUACGAGCACAUGAUAGGAAAACCUGAUGUUAAAUACGUCGGCAACAUUCACGGAAACGAAGCCGUCGGUCGCGAGCUAAUACUACAUCUUAUUCAAUAUCUCGUGACAUCUUAUGACACCGACCCGUACAUAAAAUGGUUGCUGGACAAUACUAGAAUCCAUUUGAUGCCAUCCAUGAACCCAGACGGUUUCGCUAUUUCGAAAGAAGGACAAUGUGAUAACACCUAUGGAAGGCAUAACGCUCGUCGCUAUGACUUGAACAGAAACUUCCCAGACUUCUUUAAGGCUAACACUAAGCAGCCUCAACCGGAGACCGAAGCCAUCAAGGAGUGGAUUAGCAAGAUUCAGUUUGUGCUCUCCGGGUCACUGCACGGUGGCGCUCUCGUCGCGUCAUAUCCCUUCGACAACACGCCCAGUGCCAGAAUUUGCAGAUCAUCAGUUCUAUGUUCGGUCUUCCAAAGUUAUGCACACACGCCCUCGAUCGCGCCGGACGACGAUGUGUUCCGUCACCUGUCGUUGGUUUACUCCAACAACCACGCCAAGAUGUCCCGCGGAGUAUCUUGCAAACAAGGCUCGCCAAAGUUCGACAAAGGCAUCACUAACGGGGCGGCUUGGUACCCUCUCACAGGCGGCAUGCAGGACUACAACUACCUGUGGCAUGGAUGUAUGGAGAUUACGUUAGAAAUCUCGUGCUGCAAAUAUCCCCCGGCACAUGAGUUGCCCAAGUAUUGGCAAGACAACAAACAGUCCCUGAUAAAAUAUUUGGCCGAAGCGCAUCGUGGAGCGCACGGUUUUGUGAUGGACGAGAAUGGUAACCCUGUGGAGCGCGCCGCUAUCAAAGUGAAAGGUCGUGACGUCACGUACCACACCACCAAGUAUGGAGAGUUCUGGCGUAUACUAUUGCCAGGAACCUACAGGAUUGAUGUUUCUGGCGAAGGAUAUCUUCCACAAGAAGUAGAGUUCAUUGUCAUUGACAGCCACCCCACGUUAUUAAAUAUUACUCUACAUUCAGCUAAGGGUUACAUAUCGAAGGCGGUAGGCGUUCCAUCAGGUACGUCACUGAAGACUACAUCACUACCCACUGCAACUACCUCUCCUGUCCAAGAUGGUGCUAUUGUUUUCCCCGAAGACUGAUUUUGAAUGACUCUUUAUUAUGUACAAAAAACGAUAACUCGAAAUCCCUUAAGUUAUAAGUUACGAGGUUUGCACAACAUUGCAAACAUGCAUCUUCUUGUAGGUUCUCUAGCACCUAGAACACUAUCUGUAUGGAUUGAGUCGAGUAUUAGUACUGGAAUUAAUGUAAUAGUAUGAGAGCUGCGUGUUGCAUUUAAUCAAUUGACGGCGAUCGCGGUAAGUGCUUGAUUUGUGUGCAAUCGUCGUACAAUAUUAUCGUAUAUAUAAUCGUCGUACUAUAUUUGUAUUGUAACGUCGAAGUACCUGUAAUCGAAUAGUGAAGUGUUAUAUUUAUGUAUAAUAUGUACCAUAGACGUGCUUGCUUAGUAGUUACAUAAUAGGGUAGUUGACUCACAUAAGUUAUAAUAAUGUGUUUGGGUAUCUAUUCAAGUAGUUUUGCUUAUAAACAUAAUUAUGGUACAAGUACAAGGAACCAAUAUUAGAUAGAAGAUAGCAGUAGAAGUUGUUAAAAAAGAUAUUUUUAUGUUGUUAGGUUAGUUAGAGUUUGUUUUCUUUAAAGUUGCGGUUAAUAUUUACAUUAGUUAUCACAGCACAGAUCAAAACAAUCUGAAUAAAUCAUAAUAAUUAACAAAUACCAUGUCUAGUUCAGAAAAUAAAAUUGUCAACUAGCCUAGAAAUUAAUAUUCUUAUUCUGAUUCUAGUACAAACGCAAAAUGCAAUUUUCUGAGUCAUAAUUAGAAAUAGACCAAUAAAGAAAAUACAUAAUA